GGCCCCGCGGUGUGAGGGUUCACGCCCUGGCGGAGGGUGUGGAAGGCCGGCCCGGCUGGCUGAAAGGAGGUAGAGGCCGGUCCGGCCCGGCUGGGAGUCCACCCAGCAGCGGGGCCUGGGGAGCCAGAGCGCUCCCUGCCGAGCUCGUUGCCCUGGUCCUCCUGGGCCACCUCCUCGCAGGCUCUCCCCGUCUCUGGGUCUCACUCCCUGUCCCCUUGCUGGUCGCUGGCCGGGCCCUACAGCUGCCCCGGCCCUACAGCUGCCCCCUUUCACUCCCGCUUCAGCCUCGCCGUUUGCCCCUGAAGGCAAUGCGUUUCCUGCCACCGGGAGUUCACGUCUCUGCAGCCUGGCCUGUGGCCGUUCUCACUUGACCAGAUCAUGACUCACGUGGACGAAGCAGCCCGCCGGCUGUCCAAGACGGGCACGAGCCUCUACGCAGUGCUGGAGCUCAAGAAGGGCGCCUCACCUGAUGAAAUCAAAAAGGCCUACAGCUACUCCCUAUUCUCUCCCCACCCCCCUUCUGGAUAUUGCCUUGGUAGGAGACUGGCCUUGAAGUAUCACCCAGACAAAAAUCCAGGGGAUGCUCAAGCAGCAGAAAUAUUCAAAGAGAUCAACGCAGCCCACUCUGUCCUGAGUGAUGAAAAGAAGCGGAAAAUCUACGACCGGCAUGGCUCGUUGGGAUUGUAUUUAUACGAUCACUUUGGUGAAGACGGCGUCAGAUACUAUUUUAUGAUGAACAGUUGUUGGUUCAAGACACUUGUCUUCCUGUGUGUUCUGCUCACCUGUUGCUGCUGCUGCUGUUGCUGCUGCUUUUGCUGUGGGACACUAAAGCCGCCCCCCGAGGACACAGCGAGGAGGAAAUAUGAGCAGAAUGUCCAGACCCAGCCUGGGCAAGCGGGAAACAAAGCGACUUUUAGAAGAUCGGAAGAAAAUGAUAGUGAAGAUAAUUAAAAGAUGAAGAAGAGUGGGGUGCUGACCCAAUGAAGGUGACGUCCGCUGCCCAGUCCACUGGACACAUCGAAGAGAGGAGCAAGUAGCCCUGUCCUGACAUUGACCCUGAAUUGCCCCUCUUCUUGUAAGAAUCCCAACUCGAGAAGCACUGAUGGCGUCCAUCCCAGUGAGGAUGCAGUCUCUGCCCCUGACGGCGUCACUCACCCUGGCCAUACAGGGUCGCCCAGCGACUCUUCUUUUUUAGCUCCGGUCCCAAUUUUAAUGUUAGAGAGCAGACCCCCCCCCCCCCCGCCCUGCCCUUGAGAGAUCUCAGGCGGUGGUGAUAGACUUCUCCCCAGCAUCCUUUUCCCCGCGCCUCCUUUGGGAUUUGAGCCCAUGUCAGCUGGGUAGGGUCCCUGAGUCACUUGUGAUAUCUCCACCCAAUCCAGAAAGCUGAGCAGAGUGGAUCCAGUCCCAGAGCUGUGGUACCAUUAAUCCUCCUUCGUUGCAACUCUGCACCAAGGACUCUUAGCAUCAGACUCAUUCCUAAGCCAGUACUCCUUUCCGGGUGGGACCAGCUGCACCUUCUUCUGGUGUCCAUACCCUUAGCAUCACCAACCUCAUUCCAUGCCACCACGCGUCAGCCGAGGGACAGGACGAAUGCGUUUGAGGCUCAGGGGUAGUUCUCCCGCUGUGGGUUGUCCCUGGGCUGCAGCUGCCAGCAUCACCCCGUCAGCAUGGGCCCUGUGGUUGCCUGACGUUCUCAAUCGGUGCCCGUUUGCCUCCGUUCUUUCACCACCUCUGAUGCAGGCUGUUUUCAAAACAGAGGCAUGAAACCCACGAUAGGGAAAUGAUUGUACGUUUACAGACCCUUUUCCCACUCGGGCCUCUUCACACAACCUGUUUGGUAUCCUCUCCCCAGCAUUUAUUUCCCGUCCACCAGGGUCAGAGUUUUGUACGUCCUCAUACUUGUCUGUCCUGACUGGGAGAAGGGCUGAAGAAUGUCAGUAAAUAAAAGAGCUUUUGUCCAA